GCCCUCCGGGAGCGGCGGCCGAGCCCCGGGACACGCCGGCAUGGGGCCCGGGAUGUCGCCGCUGUCAGCCGCGGCCCCGCCGGGGAUUUGCUGGGCACACGGCGGGAUCACCCCCGAGAUCGGCGAGGCCACAGCGGGCACCGGGAGCACGCCGGAAUCAGCCGCGGUGCCAGCGGGAUCCCACCGGGAUGGAUCCCACCGGGAUCAGCCUCAGCACCACCGGGACUUCCUUGGGAGCAUGUUGGGAUUAUUCCAGGGAUCGCCGGGAAUCGGCCUGGGUGUCACUGGGAUCCCACUGGGACCCAGGAAGGGGUCAGGGGCACAGCGGGAUCAGCCGCGGGACUGCCGGGAUCUCCUCCAGGUCAGCCACUGCAUCACCAGCAUCUCCUCAGGAUCAUCAAGAUCAGCCACAGGAUCACUAAAAUCUGCCCAGGAUCACCAGGCUCAUGCCAGGCUCACCCUUGGGAUCACCAAGGCCACACCAGGUGAUUUCCCAUCUUCCCAAUCCCUGGAAGAGCUUCUCCAUGGAAUGGUGUCAGAGCACUUCAGGAGAUCCAGCUGCUUCUAUGAUGCCUGUUCACAUGGAAUCCUCCAAACCACGUUUACAGCUUCCAAUAUUGAGAUUUCUGGGAUUUCCCCAGAUUUGGGAGCAUGGUGUGAGCAGGAGGAACCCACAGGGAUGAGGUGGGAAGCAGAGGAGAGGUGGAUAUAGAACAAAGGAAGGUUUAGUUCCAGCUGUGUGGAAGCAUUUUCUUGGGAAAUCCAGCCUGGCCUGAAUUCCCAGCAGCUUUUUGAACGUCUGGAAUUGGAUCAUUACAAGAAAAAGGUGAUAUCUGGGAUGUUCUCCAAUGCCCUUCUGGGGGGCAGGUGCUCUUAUGGGGACAGAGGGAAGCUCCAAUAAAUUCAAGCAAACUGA